CUCAAAACAAGAUCAUGAUGAUGAAAGACGUGAAGUUUAUUCAAAGGAACGUCGUCCACUGGUGUCAGACCAGUUUGCAGGUAUUAUUUUUUAUUAUUUUUAUCAAUUUUUACGUCAGGAAACGAGGGUGAGAGCGAUGAGUCUGACUUCCACUGGCCGCAGCAGUAAUUAACUGUCACCUCCUCUCGGAUCCCAGCGGCUGAUUGAUGAGUCGGCAGCGACAAUCUGUUACAUCCUUGCUUCCCUGACCUCUUCAAAGCUCUUCCUCCCGUCGCCGAGGCCGAGCUGCCACGUUGGAUCAGAGGCUGAGCUCGUUAACGGGUCCACUGGACAGAGACCUCUUGCGCCCCCAGCUGGCCAACACUACGAACUGCAGCUUCAGUUCAGCAGAGCAGACUCCAGAUUAACCUAAAGAAGUCUUUGUGGUGUCGCUCGUCGGGUUUUCCGGGCCGUGACCACCUCCAUCAUGUCCACUUUCCACCUGCUGCUCUCUGGAUGUUGAUGAUAGAAACGCUGGAGCAGCAGCAGCAGCUGAACGGGGCCGAGUUGUCGCGUCACGAUAAGGAACCAGAAGCUGUUUGGGAGUUUUACAGGAAACGAAGCAGAGAAACAGCAGCUGGAGACGCUUUUAUCCUUAUUUUUUUUGUUUUAAAACUGCGCGACGCAUUUAAAGACAUUUCCUUUCGCCAAGAGAACAUCGGUCCUCUCUCCACACUCGGAACUAAUUCAGGUUUCCGGGAGCCGUCGAGGGCCAUGAAGGAGUUGGUGCUGCUCCUCCUGGCGUUGACGGAGGCCUCCUCCAGGUCUCACGGCAGCUGGUGUGAAAAGGGCUGCGACUGCCCCGGAGACCUCAGGUUCACCAUCUGCUCCCGGGCUCUGUUCACCGAGCUGCCCGGCCGAGUCCCGCCCACCACCGAGCUCCUGGACCUGUCGGACAACAACAUCUCCGUUGUCCCCAGGGACUCCUUCAGCGGCAACCGCAAGCUCCGGGUGCUGCUGCUGCAGAACAACAACAUCAGCGCGGUGGAGGACGGCGGCUUCUCUCAGCUGGAGUUCCUGCAGAAGCUGGACCUGAGCUGGAACCAGAUCUCCACCCUGUCGGAGGGCUUCUCCCUGGGCCUGGCCUUCCUGAGGGAGCUCCAGCUGGCCCACAACCAGCUGAGCAGCCUGGACAGCCGCAGCUUCCUGCACCUGGACGGCCUGCAGAGGCUGAACCUGACCGGAAACAGCAUCCACACCAUCCAGGUGAGGUCGUUCUCCUCCAUGAGCUCCCUGAGGCAGCUCCACCUGGAGGACAACCAGCUGACGUCUCUGAGGAGCGGCAUGUUCUCCAUGCUGCGCUCGGUGGAGGUCCUCAACCUGGCCGGGAACCGGAUCAGCGACACGGAGGUGGGCGUCUUCAAGCCGCUCACCAGCAUGACUCUGCUCAGCCUGGCCGACAACAAGAUGUCCACCAUCAACUUCAAGACCUUCCUGAACAUCCACACCUACAGCACCCACAUCCUGCUGGAGGGGAACCCCUGGAACUGCGACUGCGACCUGCAGAGGGUUUUCAGGAAGCUGCGCAGCAUCCAGAGGCUCUUCCUGGACGACUACUACAACCUGAGCUGCAUGGCGCCGCCUGUCCUCCAGGACUACCUGGUGAUGGACGUGGACAGCGAGCUGUGCAUCGCGGAGACGGUCACGGUGCUCAUCAUCACCGCCACCGUGGUGAUAACCGUGCUGGCCGCCAUGGUGAUGGGCGAGAGGAAGAGGAAGAAGAAGAAGAAGGCGAUGCACUGGACGCAGCAGGAGGACUUUUCGGACGAGUCGGAUCAUUAAAAACGUGUCUCCCGUCUCUGUCUGUCUGUUUCUUCUUUUUUUAUACACUGUAUUUUCACACAACUGUUGCAUGAAUCCCACAGAUUCUGCCGAUCAUUUUGUCAGGAUUUCCCGUCUUCCUACAAAUAUGCACUAUAUUCAGGGAGCUACGUCCUCUCACUUCAAUAAAAAAGGCUGAAAAAUCACUUUAUGUAUGAACAGAUGUCUUGAAAUUAAAGCAGUGGUGGUUGUGGUUGUUCUAUAUUUUUAAAUUGUCCAGGAGGGUGGACAGCUCCCCCUGCAGGUAAAGAGCUGCACUGGCUUCAAGCAGCUGCUGGGUGGGGUCUGCUUUUUUCCUUCUAUGGUGACUUAAUCAACUUAAGUAAUUAAAAUAAUUAAACCUGCCUCUGCAAUAUUUGACUCUGAGGUUAAUUAAUGAGAUUUAUCUGCGUGAUAGUUAUAGUAUAAGUAAGUUGUGAUAUAUUAGUAUGUGUGUGUGUGUGUGUUUAUAUACACACAUUGUAUAUUGGUAUUUUCUAGGGACACCUAUGAAGUCUGCGCUACUGAGUGGUGAGUUCAGUCCUCUUCAUUCUGAUUUAAUGUUUGUGUUUUGUUUUGUUUUUAAAAAAAAAUGGAUGAUAUAUAUUUGCAAAAAUAAAUAAAGGUUCUACCGUGAGUUACA